AUGGCGCACUGUUAUCAUACGUCAAACACGGCAGUCCACCCACACACAAUCCUGCGCGGCGGACUGCAAGCGGCGGGGCUUGCAGGAUUUGUAGGAUCCAAGAGGCAUCCUACUUGGGCUGGCCAGAUAGAAUGGUCGGAUCUUCGGGACAUGGUGACGAAGCCGGUCUACAUGGGCUUACAAGAAGAGGUUAUACGCUCGCCGCACCGCAUCAGACCACCUAGUCAACACGAACCUAUAGGCAAAGCAGAUACAACACCAGGUGAUACCAAGCCCCCAACCAGAAUACCGGUGUCCAGGUUCAAACCGGCGGCCGAACGCGUGCUGAAAGAGAAAAGAGAUGCCGAUGCACAGAAAAGUAAAAGAGAGGCACCAAAAAAGCCACGCCGUACCUCCAUACCCAAACUAAAUAACAGAAUUCCUGUUGCAAAGAAAAAUACUCCAUCAGAAGAAGGUCGACCUGUUAAAACAGAAAGAGAGGCGGUAGCAGAAGCCAAAGAUGAAACACCAGUCAAAACUAAGCUGAAGAGAGCAACAAGAAAGGAUAGAAUACCGGUUCUGAGUAAAGAUCACUAUAAUAUAACAAAGAAAGAUGACGGAGUUAAGAGAGAUGAACCAGAUAAAACAGAGCCAAUUGAAAAGUUAGAUGAUGAAUUUGAUAAACUUUAUGAUGAAAUAGUUGACAAUGAUGCGGCAAGUCUACCUGUGGAGAUCCUAGAAGUUAAAGUUAAAGACCCUGAGAAGCUUGAAAUUAAGUUUGAAGAAAUAGUUCAUCAAUAUGACGAUGCACCGAUAGAGCAGGUUAAAUUAGAACCAAUUGAUAAGGCGAGAUAUUCUAAAAUACCAUUACUUAGACGCAGGAGUUCACAUGACGUAAAGUUACCCGGGCAACUCGAAAGAAGAUUGUCACUCAAAACCGGUAUCAUAAAUAAAUCAACUUCAGUAGGCGAUCAAGAAGCAAAUAAGAAUACAGUGAAGAAAGAAGACAUUGAUAAACCAAAUAAUGUUACGGAAAGUAAUAGAGUACAAAUAUCUGAUAAUACUGACAGUGAAAAUGCUGUUGAGGUAAAUAAUAAUGACGAAAAUGAUGAGGAUCGUUACAUCGGAACGGAAUCCCCACCUCUAAUACCAGAUUACAAUACAAUUCCAACUCCAGACUCUGAACUAGUAAAAGUUGGGAUAUUCGGAAUAUCUGCCCGAAACAUUCCAUUAGUAGAAACAAAUCAAAAUGUGACAACGCCUGAGCUAGAAACUGUCAAAGUAGCUGUUAUAGAUAUACCUGCUAAAGAAAUACCGAAACACAAUAGUGAAGAUAUUAAGUUUAUAGAAACAAAACCUACCCACCCACCUGAAAAACCAGAUGAUAUGUAUAUCCCAUCAAUAGAUAAUAAGCAUGAAAUAGUAGAUAAUGUAUAUUUAUCUGAAAAAAAUAAUACUGACAUUCCGAAUAAUUCUACGGAAGAAACUUAUUUGAAAGAUGAAAAAGACUCUAUAAAAGAUUCAAUCACAAAUGAAGACCCAAUUGAUAACAAUAAAAUCAAUCUUAUAGUAUAUCCUGACAAUGAUUUAAAAUCUUGUAAUUUAUUGAAAAAUACUAAUAAUAUUGAAGAGAGUACCAAAUCAAGAUAUAUCGACAAGCCACCAAAAGAAAAAACAAAACCAAAUAAUGUACCACCAAAAAUAGAAGAAGAUAUACCGAAGGGAAGGGAGGGCAAAGAAGAAACAAAACCAAAUAAUGUACCAAAAAUAGAAGAAGAUAUACCGAAGGGAAGGGAGAGGAAAGAAGAAACAAAACCAAAUAAUGUACCGAAAAUAGAAGAAGAUAUACAAAAGGGAAGGGAGGGCAAAGAAGAAACAAAACCAAAUAAUGUGCCAAAAAUAGAAGAAGAUAUACCGAAGGGAAGGGAGGGGAAAGAAGAAACAAAACCAAAUAAUGUACCAAAAAUAGAAGAAGAUAUACCGAAGGGUAAAGUCAAAAGAAUUCUGAAAAGACUUACUUCACAAGAAAGUCCUAACACUGAUCACAACGAUAAAAAUAUUGAUAAAGAACUUAUAGAUGCAAAGAAAGAAAUAGAUGAUAUUCCUAAAAAAAAGUCAGUCCUUUCUAAAAUUGCAAUGUUUGAGCGCGGAGACCCAGGACCUCCAAAACCCAAAACAUUAACACACAAAUAUUCAAAACCAGUACGAACUAUUAGCGAAGAAAUGAAGCACUCACCAAAAAUUGUUCAAGAAGUCCUUAAGCCCAGAGGAGUAGACACAGAUAAAGAAACUAUUGUUACUGUUGAUAUCGUGAGACCUGCUGUGGUUAUAACUAAUAAUGAAGAAAAAUUACCGGUUGUAGAGAAUUUGAAAGAAAAUACAGUCACGUAUGAUAACUUUGACGAAACUCGACUUAAUAAAACCGAAAAUAAGAUAGUUCAUGAUGUUCUACCAUUUAAAGGCGUACACACAAACAAACAUACAGUUGUUACUAUUGAUGUCAUGAAACCAGUUGAAGUUGUUGACAAUAACGAGGAGCAAGUAACGGUUGUAGAAAAUUUGAAAGAAAAUAUAGUCACGUAUGAUAACUUUGACGAUACUCGACUCAAUAAAACCGAAAAUAAUAUAGUUCAUGAUGUUCUGCCGCCUAAAGGCGUACACACAAACAAACAUACAGUUGUUACUAUUGAUGUUAAGAAACCAGUUGAAGUUGUUGACAAUAACGAGGAGCAAGUAACGGUUGUAGAAAAUUUGAAAGAAAAUAUAGUCACUUAUGAUAACUUUGACGAUACUCGACUCAAUAAAACCGAAAAUAAUAUAGUUCAUGAUGUUCUACCACCUAAAGGCGUGCACACAAACAAACAUACACUUGUUACUAUUGAUGUCAUGAAACCAGUUGAAGUUGUUGACAAUAACGAGGAGCAAGUAACGGUUGUAGAAAAUUUGAAAGAAAAUAUAGUCACUUAUGAUAACUUUGACGAUACUCGACUCAAUAAAACCGAAAAUAAUAUAGUUCAUGAUGUUCUACCACCUAAAGGCGUGCACACAAACAAACAUACACUUGUUACUAUUGAUGUCAUGAAACCAGUUGAAGUUGUUGACAAUAACGAGGAGCAAGUAACGGUUGUAGAAAAUUUGAAAGAAAAUAUAGUCACAUAUGAUAACUUUGAUGAUGACAGAAUGAAUAAUAUAGAACCAACUGAAACUGAACCAAAACGUCUAAAUAUUGUGAAUAAUGAUACUGGAUUAACAGAUAUUAGUGGAAAUCAUGAUAACUAUAACAAAUCAGAAGAAAGAAGCGAUAAUGUAGAAGGCGACGUUAAAAUAGAAAAAGAAAACAAACCAAAGGGCCAGUUUCUUAAAGAUGAAGACAAUAAUGAGUUAGCACUAAUUAACAAAAUUAGACCUAAUAAUGAUUACAGUAAAGAAAAAUGGAAAAGCACAGAUGCACUUUCAGAUUUCCUUCCAGUGAAAGAAAAAAUAAAUAGACUCAAAUCUUAUGAAGACAUUAAUAUGAAAAAAGCCAAAUCUACAGCAGAAUUGGACUUAGGUGAUGCCGUGAAAGGGAAAGUGAAGAAGAUGAUUGUGAGAAUGAAUUCGUCCGAGUUGCUAGAUGAUGUGAGGCCGAAAGAGGUAGAAGUUAUAAGUGCGAAAGAGAGGCCUAGAAAGAGGUCGGUGUCGGAGAAAAUUGCCUUGUUCGAGAGAAAACUCACACCGGUAGCAAUGGAUAACUUGAAAUUGGAAAGCACCGGCCGCGCUCUGAACCCCCACACCAGACCUGUCAACACUGUCAACGCCGUACCUGUCAACACUGUCAACGGCGUACCUGUCAGCACCAAACCUGUCAACACUGUCAAUAACAGACCUGUCAACACUGUCAAUGGCGUACCUGUCAAGCCUGUCAACACCAAACCUGUCAAGACUGUCAACUCUGUACCUGUCAACGUUGCGACCAAUGACAUCCAGAUAGAGACAGAUAUAGAUUACGCGGCCAAGAUAAAAGAGCUGAAGAACGCUAAGAUCACGUAUGGGAGCGUUAGUAACAUGAGUUACAUACAGCUGCGAGACGGGAGGAAAAUGCCCAUUAUCGCCCUUGGGACUGCAUUGCUGGAUCCCAAGCUAGCUACACACAUAGUGGCAGCGGCCAUAGACCUCGGCUACCGGGCCAUAGACACGGCGUAUAUCUAUGGAAACGAGAGGGAGGUCGGGCAGGGGAUACGAGCGAAGAUACUAGAUGGCACUGUUCGGCGUGAGGAGCUAUUCAUCAUGAACAAGUUGUGGAGCACCUUCCACCGGCCUGACCUGGUGGAGGGCGCCUGCCGCGCCUCCCUGGCUGCCACCGGCUUGGAAUACUUCGACCUGUAUAUGAUACACAACCCCAUGUCGUUCAAGGAAGGCGGCGAGCCCCUCCCAAGGAUAGCCAACGUGCUCCAAUACUCCGACUACGAUUACCUGGACGCGUGGUUCGCCAUGGAGGGCUUGGUGGCGAAGGGGUUAGUGCGCAGUAUUGGCGUCAGCAACUUUAACUCUGCGCAGCUCGAGAGGGUGAUGGAUAAAGGGAGGGUCAAGCCAGUGGUUAACCAGGUGGAAUGCCAUCCGUAUCUGAGUCAGCAGCGCCUCUCCGAGUUCUGCGAGGCGCGUGACGUGCGCCUAAGCUGCUUCGGCGUGCUGGGGUCCAAGGGGACCCCGGCGGACAUGAAGGGCUCGCAGGCGGCCGCUAUAGAUGACCCGCUGGUCCAGGUCAUGGCUGCCGGCCUGGGGAUCAGUCCCGCACAGCUGCUGAUCAGAUACCAGAUGGACAGCGGGCACGGCGUGGUGGUGAAGGCGUCCUCCGGCGCGCACCUGCGGGACAACCUGCGGGCGCCCCGCGUGCCGCUGGAGCCCCCGCAGCGGGCCGCCAUACACGCCCUCAAUAAGAACAAGAGGACAUUCACUUUCGUGGGAAUGGGAGACACCCACAAGAAUUAUCCUUUCAAGAUUGCUUUUUAAUCUAUAU